CGCCCCUCCAUGCGCGCUCCCGGAACGUGUGGGCGCCCACGUGGUUUUUCCCGGCUCGGCGCGCGCGCAGCUCCCUGGUGGCAGAGGUAGCCAGAUCCCAGAGCGUGGUUCCAUCUGCUCUCCAUGGGAGCUUCCCUCCUGAAGUUUGAGGCCGCAGCCGUGCAAACCUCCCACCAAGCUCGCUACCCGCUGCCCCUGCUGCGGUCUGGACUUCGGUGUCUCAGACAGAUGUCCAUGGCUGAGCACCUGGAGGCUGUGCCCAUAAAGGCCGAGCCUGGGGCCGUGGCCAAGGAGGACCCAGGUCAUAAGGGUAGGGGAAGCAAGGAUCGGGGGCCGAAAAAGUGGGAGGAGGCUGAACCCCAAGCCAAGAGGCUGAAAAACAGUGAGGAAGAAGAGGAACCGAGUAAGAAGCUCCCCAAGAGGAAGAUUGUGCUGCUGAUGGCCUACUCUGGGAAAGGUUACCACGGGAUGCAGAGGAACUUAGGGUCCUCCCAAUUCAAGACGAUUGAAGAUGACUUGGUGUCGGCCCUUGUUCAGUCUGGCUGCAUUCCAGAGAACCAUGGCGAAGAUAUGAAGAAGAUGUCCUUUCAGAGGUGUGCGCGGACAGACAAGGGUGUGUCUGCAGCUGGCCAGAUUGUAUCACUGAAAGUGUGGCUCAUUGACAACAUUUUGGAAAAGAUUAAUAGUCACCUUCCAUCUCAUAUCAGGAUCCUAGGUCUGAAGCGGGUCACCGGGAGCUUUAAUUCGAAGAACAGAUGUGACGCCAGGACCUAUUUCUACAUGCUGCCAACAUUUGCCUUUGCCCACAAGGACCAUGACAUCCAAGACAAGGAGUACAGGCUGAGCCCGGAGACCCUGGCCAAGGUCAACCAGCUCCUGGCCAGCUACAAGGGGACCCACAACUUCCACAACUUUACCUCUCAGAAGGGCCCCCGGGAGCCAAGUGCCAGGCGCUACAUCAUGGAGAUGCACUGCGAGGUGCCCUUUGUGAGGGAGGGCCUGGAGUUGGCUGUGAUCAAGGUCAAAGGCCAGAGUUUUAUGAUGCACCAGAUCCGGAAGAUGAUCGGCUUGGUGAUCGCUAUCAUGAAAGGCUACGUGUCCGAGGCUGUGAUGGAGCGCAGCUGGGGAGAGGAGAAGAUUGACAUCCCCAAAGCGCCGGGGCUCGGGCUUGUCCUGGAGAGGGUCCAUUUUGAACAAUACAAUCGGCGCUUCGGCAACGACGGGCUGCAUGAACCCCUGGACUGGGUGGAAGAAGAGGAGAAGAUGACCGUGUUCAAAGAGCAGUAUAUCUACCCCACCAUCAUCAAGACGGAGAUGGAGGAGCACUCCAUGACAAACUGGCUAAACACUCUUCCAAACCACGACUUCGAUGCUGGCUCUCCGGAGGCCAAGGCCAACUCUACUGAUGCUAAGGCUGCCGGUAGCCUUAAAGGCAGUGACAGAGGCGGGGAUGACUCAGAUUGAGGACACAAAUCACCAGGGGAGCAGAGCUGUGCCGUUUCCAUAUCUCACCAAGGGGGCCUUUGCAGAUCCCUCAGUAGCAGACAUAUACACACACACAUCCCCAGCUUAUUGUGACCAACUGCUGAUGAUGGAAAGGAGCUGGGAAGAUGGAAAUCUCGGGAUCAUGGCUCUUGGCAUAGAGGAUGUCAGGGCCAGAAAUACUUGAAAAUUCUGUGCUUAAAAUAAGGGACUGAUUUUGUUCUUUGACUUCAGGAUCCCAAAGUAUGGUAGCCUUCUAUGUUGGGAUCACAAAAUAAACUGACUCUAGUCUGCUCUUA